CAGUCUAUCGUUUUCUCCUUUUAGUGUCGUAUAUUGCUGAACAAACCGAAGAAAGAGGCGUCGAAAAUCUACAAUAACCUGUUAAUUCGCCAUUUAAACUCUCUCAAUUCUGGGUUUCUUUUCUGGGUUUCUUGUUCUCUACCUGGUGAGCUGUCUAGGUUGUCUUGAUCUGAACUAAGUUUUUGGUUUUUCUUCAAAUCUUGGUUAGUUGGGCUGGAUUAUUAGAGUGUCGGCAGAGGUUGGAAAUGAAGAUGUUUAGGGCAGAGAUCUGAGAGUGAUAGUGGAAGUGACAGUGUUGAGGUUUUUGAGUUUGGUCUCUUUUGGUUUAGAUCUGAAAAUGGCAGUGGAUCCUAAGCAGAUUCUUAGUGCUUUCCUUACUCUGACUAUGUUUGGCCUGAUUGUCAACAUGAUAAAGAGAGAUCAUUUUGAUCCUGUUGAAAAGGUAACCCUUCCUGGGACAUCAGGUGACCAGUUUGAUAGGGUUACAGACCAACGUCAUGUAUCACUUGCUAAGGUUGGGAAUGCGCCUUGGAAGGAGGACAGUCCAGAGCUAAAACCUUGUUGGAGUAAACCAGAACCAAAGGACGAGCGGUCUAAAGGUUUUAUCACAUUCUCAUUGACCAAUGGUCCUGAAUACCAUAUAUCACAGAUUGUUGAUGCAGUGGUUGUUGCAAGAUAUCUGGGAGCUACAUUAGUGCUCCCAGACAUCAGGGGAACUAAGUUGGGUGAGAAGAGGAACUUCCAAGAAAUAUAUGAUGUGGAGAAGUUUGUAAAAAGCUUGGAUGGAGUGAUUGAAAUAUCAAAGGACCAGCCUGCUCAAAUAUCUAAGGGAAAACUUGCUGUUGUGAAGGUACCAAAUUGGGUAACUAAAGACUUUAUAGAAGAACAGAUUGAACCAAUAUUCAGAACAACGGGCACUUUGAGGCUUGUCACUUACUUUCCAUCCGUAAACAUGAAAAAGACAGAAGAGAAGAAGGAUUCAGAUUCAAUUGCAUGCCUGGCAAUGUUUCAUACUCUGAAAUUGCAACCUGAGGUUCAUGAAGUAGUGGACUCAAUGGUUGGGAGGCUAAGAACCUUGAGUCGGAAGUCAGAUGGUCAAUUCAUUGCAGUGGACUUGAGAGUGGAGAUGCUGGAGUCAAAGGGUUGCCAAGGAAGUGGAAAGAAAAGUUGUUAUAAUGCACAGGAGAUUGGCGAGUUUUUGAGAAAAAUUGGUUUUAGCAGGGGCACUACAAUUUAUUUGACUCAGUCUUGGUGGCACAGCAGUUUUGAUGCUCUGAAGGAAAUCUUUCCAAAUGUAUAUACAAAGGAAAAUAUAAUGCCAGCAGAAAAGAAGUACAAGUUCCUUAACUCGGGAAGUUUAGAGAGUGCAAUUGACUUCUAUAUCUGUUCUCAGAGUGAUGUCUUUGUUCCUGCCAUCUCUGGCCUCUUCUAUGCAAAUGUUGCUGGAAAGAGAAUCACCUCUGGCAAGACUCAAAUACUCAUUCCAGCUCAAGUAUCUAAUUCUUCUGCUUCUGCCAGUGAUUUCAUCUCAUCAUAUGUUUCUAAGAGGAACCAUUUUGUGUAUUCCUGUUUCUGCUGACAUUCCAUUAAGAGAAUCUGAGAAAAAGUUUCUUAUGCAGCCUUUCUUUUUUCUCAUGUAGUUCUUGGAAAUAAAGAUUUGUUAAAGUUUUUAGCUGCUUUUCUGCAUCAUAUCUUCCUUUCAUGUCAGGUCUAAGUACCCAGACCCAGUAUUUGAUAUUUAUGCGCCAAAUGAAUGUAAGUUUGUUCUGUAUUGCAUUAAUUAUAUUAGAUACUUCAUAGGUUUUAAGUUAUAUCUGUUUCUUUGUACGGAACUGAUUACUUGUAUGAUUCGACCAAAAAUUUAUGAUCAAUAGUUGUUUUUACUUCUUUCCUA